UGGUAGAGACGGUGUGUGUCAUUAAUUCUCCGUCGAGAUUACUUCUCUCCUCCGUUGCCGUCGGUCGCAGCCACUGAGUGAUAGAUCGAAACCGAGAGAGCGAGAGACAUACGCACGGGGAAGAAUUUUUGUCUGAGUGGAUUCUGACGAGAGCGAGAGAGAGAUGGCUAUGUCUCAGGUGGUGAACACGUACCCGCUUUCGAACUACAGCUUCGGAACUAAGGAACCCAAGCUGGAAAAGGACACCUCCGUCGCCGACCGGCUCGCUCGUAUGAAAAUCAACUAUAUGAAAGAGGGCAUGAGGACCAGCGUUGAAGGGAUUUUACUGGUGCAAGAACACAACCAUCCUCAUAUACUUCUGCUGCAAAUUGGUAACACAUUCUGCAAACUUCCAGGCGGACGCCUGAAGCCUGGAGAAAAUGAAGUUGAUGGUCUGAAAAGAAAGUUGACCAGUAAGCUUGGAGGCAAUUCGGCUGCUCUUGUACCUGACUGGAAGGUAGGAGAAUGUGUUGCGACAUGGUGGCGUCCAAACUUUGAAACCAUGAUGUACCCGUAUUGCCCUCCUCACAUCACGAAACCAAAGGAAUGCAAGAGACUCUUCAUUGUUCACUUGUCUGAGAAAGAGUACUUUGCUGUGCCCAAAAACUUGAAACUCUUGGCCGUCCCUUUGUUCGAACUCUAUGACAAUGUUCAGAGAUAUGGACCGGUUAUAUCGACCAUACCUCAACAGCUAUCCAGAUUCCAUUUCAACAUGAUUAGUUCGUGAUUCUACUCGGUGUGUUCAAGAACAAGAAGCCUGUCAGGAUGGCAAGUUAUUUAGGUACGGUAGAGAGCUGUAGCUACCGGUUUAGAGAUGAGAUUUUCCGAUGAUGCGUCUUGGUUUUUUCUUUUUGACAUUAUAGACUUGUUGGCUUUUAUGUAGAACCGGUUCAGUUUCAGCACAAAAAAAAAAGAUUGUUGUAUCU